ACCUGGGCUGGGCAGAUUCCAGAUGCAGCCUCAGCCCUUCUCUCAGAAAGCCACUCAAACAACGUGGAUAAUGCAACGCUAUUGGUUUAAUUCAAAAAUUGCCUCUGAACUCUUGACAAGGACAUUUGGACUCAUAUAAUGAUUUGUUUACGGUAUUAGUUUGUAGGAAAAAGUAAAGGUGAUGCAGACAUAGGUUACCUCACCUCAGAGUGACGGUGGCCGAGUGAGAGUGUUAUUUUAACCGGGUCCUUGCUCAAAGUCGCCUCGGCAAGUUCCAUUUGACCGAUUCCUGGGAGAUUUGGAACGGAUUCAAUAACGAAGGCGUUAUCAUGUCUCAGACCCCAGAAGAGCACAGUACUGGUGUCUUGGGCCGGAUCGGGAGCUGGUUCUCCCCCUGGAAAGAAAGAGGGAGCCCCAGGAGUCCAAGUGACGAUGCCUCUCAGUCCCCGACGGAAGACCAGAGCCCCAGGCCAGAAGGAGAGGGGGCCCAGGAGGAGCCUGUGAGGGGAGAAAAGGAGCAGCAGAAGGAGGGAUUGAAUUUCCAGCCUGCCCAGCGGCAUCUCUCCAGGGUUUUUGAGGAGUGGAACGCGGCGGACGCCAGAUCGUCUACCCACAGGGACAGCCCCCUCUCUGCAGCCAGCAGCCACAGCGAGUGGGGAGAAGGAGGAGGUCCUAGGGAGGAGGAGUGGUGGAUUGCCUCGCAGGGAGAGGAAACGGAGGAGGAGGGGGGAAGGAGCAGUGGAGCGAGCGGGAAUCCUGCCCCGAAGAGGAAUGCCAGCCAUCUGACACGUGUGCUUUCAUCUGCCCUUGAAGAGGGAGUGGCCUGGGAGGACUCUGAUCGACAGGAACACACCCAGGCCCUGCCCCGAGCCCAAGUCCAGGCAGGCAAGAGGCUGCAUGUGUACCUGGAGGAGACGAGCCUGAGCCUGAGCCAGAACGGAACGGGCACCCACACAAAGCAGGAAGUGCCCCCCUCCAUCAUCACCACCAGGGUGAAGAAAAGAAUUCAGGGGGUUUCCAGAGCAAAAUCAUCCAAGAGUGUUGACUUGUCAUCAGAGAACACAAAUACAAAGGAGAGGACCGAGGAGCGCAAAAGGAUUUGUCUCAAAGCUGCUAUAGGGAUCAAAGGUCAUAGCAGUUACAGUGCCCUGGUGGGAGUGUCACUGAAGUCCCCCAAAGAGACACAGACGAGCUCACAUACCAUCCCUGAGCUCUCUGGUGAAGAGGAGUCAGACAGAGACACAGACACGAUGGGCCGUAAGAACUCAGGCAGGAGGCGGUCCAGGAAGAACUCCUCYGGAGACGGAGGAGGAGCCAGUUCUCAGGAGAAUACGCCCACCAAACYCCAGCCUGGAGCCGAGAACUCACCUACAUCAUCAGAAUAUAACACACCUAAACCUGGAGACUCCACCCCCUCCUCUUCUAAAGACAAACAUGCUUCAGUUCCCCAAAAAAUACGCAGAGGGAAGGAGAGGGAGGAAGCCCAGGGGGACCUAGACGCACCAGUACACGCCACCCUGGUGGCCGUGGUGGACGGGGAAGGGGACAUGGACGUAGACGUGGUCGACAACACUAGCCCGUGCCGGGUGGAGAGGCGCACGGAGAGCGCCGAGUCCAAACGCCGGAGCAUGAAGGUGUCGCACAGCGAGGUGAAGUUCUUUGCGAAGAAAGUGAUGGUGAACUCAGAGAAGCCACUGAGUCCAGAGGGAGAUGAAGAACACAUAGCCGUGAGCUUUGAGAAAGGAGGAAUGGCUACAGAAAAGGUCACGGAGGGUCAUGAUACAGCUAAGGGAAAGGGCAAGGUGGAACCGAAGGUGGCCAAGAGUCACAGACCACCUGAUUUAAAGAAAGUGGACGAGGAAUCCAAGACUCCUCAGCCUAUUGGGCGGAUCGCAGAUAGGAUCAGCCUUUUCGAGGGGAGAGCGAUGGGGGUUGCCAGUCCCAGUAAGACUUACCCCAGGAGUGCAGAUGUUUCUCCCACCAGGAAAGUCACAGAGCAGCUCAUAACAAAUGUAAACAGAGAGCUCGGGUUGCCAGAUCAGCGGGAGAAAUCGGUGGAACGUGGCGAUGCCAGGUCCAGCUCGGCCCCCCCUGUUCGGGAUAAAUUAAAAACGAUACGGGAGCGGGCGAGGAACUUUGCAGAGGCUCAGAAGAUGGAUGAUAAAACAAUGGUACCCCAAAAGUCCUCUAUUAUUGCAGGAAUACCUGAAAAUUCUACAGAUUUCCCUGCUUCUGCUGUGUCAAAGAUAACAAAACAGGACAUUCAGGGAAAACUGGCCAGCGGGGAAAAGACUCCUACUCGUGUCACUCCGAAGGCAGAGAUAACAUUGAAACCAGCGGAGCCAGAUACCACCCCAGUAGCGGUCAUGCCAGUUCCUAAAGCAGAUCAGACAGACUCCAAAACAAAGRACAAAGAGGCUACUGAAACAGUGGAGCUACCAAAGAGACCUACCAAUAUUGACCUAAAUACUUCAGUUAAAGGGGGGAGUAGCUCAGACUCAAGCCAGCUGACACCUCAGGUGGACUCAAUCAAUGAGGUCAGCCCACAAUCCAAAGCCAACAGCAGACAAAACUCCAGGUCAAAGAGACGGAAAAGCAAAGGAGGGGAGUCAGCCAAUCACCUGAGCUGUGACAUCAAACAGGAAGUGACAAACACUGAGCAGGAAGUGGUCAACAGCAAACAGGAAGAGGCAGGCACCACAAAGAAAAUGGCCACUGCGUUUGAGCAGGACGAUAAUACAGUUACAUCGCCACAAUAUAGUCAAUCUGUAGACGUAAAAUCAGAUGUUAAAAAAGAGUCUGUUAGAGAAAACAUACAGAAAGUAGUCAUUAAAAAGCCAGCACCCUCAGACAAGCAGAUUGAGUCAUUGUCAGAUGAAAAAGAWAAUUCUAACAAACUGUUAAAGGAAAAGACGCAAUCACCCACACCUCCAAACGUCAACAAAGACAAUAAAAUGGCUACCUCUGAUCCUAUCAGUGGAAGAAAGGGGCCCAAUAAUAAAAGUGUAGACAUUCUACCCUCACAGAGUUCCAAGGGAGAGAAGGCAGAGGGGGGAAGCUCUGAGACGACCUCUACCAUUAAGACAAAUCAAAAUGUUUCCAAGGACAACAACGAAACAUCACUGUCUUCACAUUUGCCUAAAAAAAAACAGACUCUUGUUCAAGACCCCUCUCGUGUGGAGCAAGGCUCACCUGUCCCACACGCUGAAGUCGACAACAGACCAAUGCAGCCUGAAAAGAAAGCGGUGGAAAUGGUAAAACAGCCUGAUAAAAAUACAGAUACAAAGUCAGAGAAGGAUUUGCCUUCAGGCAGUAGACAAGACACCCCUGAGAUAGCUGCUACUAAAGCUGUCCCACCCUCUGUAGCUCCUAUUAAACCUCCAGCCUCACUGACUCCUAUACAGCCUUCUCAGUCAGAUAAAACUGCCAGUGUUGUCACUCAGAUUGAUGAGACAGCGAUGGGAAAAGACAGUGAUAAAUGUGCAAUCGAGCCUCCUAAGGAAGGGUCGUCUACACGUGUGCCUGAGCAGAAAACAAAAUCUUAUCAUCAGGACCCUGUAUUAGAAAAGCAGCAAACCAAGGUCUCAAAGCAAACCCAGUCUGUAAUGUCAUCUGAGGUGAAGACAGAUAAACCUAUCCACGACACACCGACACACAGAGUGAGGCCUACCCCAGAACCCACCCCCUCAAUGCCUAGCACUACAGUGCCAGUAGUAGAGAAGGACACCUCUGUAAAAACAGAAAGCAAGGCCUCAAAUCCUACAGCGGUAGAUUCUACUCAGAAUCCUUCGGAGACCAAAGCCCCAGAAAAUACAAAGGGUCAGGGGGAGAAAGAACUACCUGGGCCAAAGCCGAAGAGCAGUGAGGGGCCAGGGCUGGAUGUUGGAAAGGAGAACUCCACUGUAAAGACCAUAGCCCCAGAGGUAAAGAAGCCAGAGGAUGUGAAGGAGUGGAACACUCUACCAAGCCAAUCACAGAGUGAGGACAGAGAAAAGACAGUGAUGUUGCCCAAUGGAAAGCUAGCAGAGGGAAAAUGGAAUGCACUUGAACAAAAGUCAUCUACUAGUAGUUAUACUACUACUGUGCAAGAAAGGACAGCUGAUGACAAGCAAGGAAUUGUGGUAACAAAUUCUACACCGGUUGUGAAUGUCGUUUUCCGCCCGGUAACACAACCCGAGACAACCAAUGAGAAAUCAAAAWUUUUCCCCAGUCCAGGCAAAGCUCCGAAGAUACUCUCUUCUACUGAAACCACUAAAAAACAGAGCCCAGUCUCUCCCCAACAUCCAUCUCUGAAUAAGCUCCCCUUACUGGGGGGCGGUGGCAGUGGCUUGCCCCUCCAACGCGACACCCCCUCCAGCUGGCUAGACGUGGACCAUCGCUUCCCCAAGCCGAAGCUCCUCCGCCCCGCUGAACCCAAGCUCAGCUCAUCGGUCAGCGAGAGCAACCUCUUGGACACGUCCGGAGAACUGGACGACGAUGACUUCAUCGAGAACAUAAAACGCCUUGGCGUGCCUUUCUCGUUGCCACCGCGGCAGAACCACCACCACCAUCCUCCCAAGCCACCGUUCGCAAUGCCCGCCAUCCGGGAGGACCGCUUCGAGAAGACCUUUGACCCAGAGGAGUUCCAGUUCGGCCUGAGGAAGAAGAGGGAGUUUUCUGUGGAGACGACACAGAGUCUUCUGCCUAAGCUCCAGAGGAACCGGGUCAAAGGGGAGCUGAAGCCGGCCAGGGCCAGCAUCACGGACCGGGACAGGGGCAGCAUCCUACUCAAGAGCCUCGACACCCGUUCCAGGCUCCUCUUGGAGAGGGAGAAGACCACCAUGGAGGAGGGCGAGGAGAAGAUGAAGGAAGAGGGCGGGGGGGAGGAGAAGAAAGAGGAGGCGAAGGUGGUGAAACCUCRUAUGUCACGCUUGGAGGGGAGCUGUAUCCUUAGUAGCCUGAACAGCUCCUCCACCAGGGGCAAGAGGCCCGGAGAUGGACCCCAGAUGGACACCACUCCGGGUGGGGAGGUGUCUCCCACCGAGGCCCCUCACCUCCAGCCCAGCCCUUCACCAGUCACUAAGCCAUCCCAGACUACCCCCACUUUCUCUGGGGAGCUCAGACAGGCAUUGGCCAAACAGCCCAGCCCUCCACCACCAGUCCCCCAGACUUCCCCCACUUCCUCUGGGGAGGCUACCAUCCAAAGUCGUAACCUGGGGAACAGGCCCACUGCCCAGACUGCUGUGGUCAGUGACUCAGCUUCUCCGUUCCCGUCCUUUAACGACAUCAAGCUGCCGGAGUAUUUAGAGAAGUACCUUCCUCUCCGAGAGCCUGCUGGGAAACUAGAGCUGAGCACAGGGCAGGAACCGCUCAACUCAGAGGUUAUUGGAGGGAUGAAGCCACUUGAAGGAGGUGGUAGAGGAGACUUGAAUAUCAGGCCUGRACUCCUAAUGCUGGAUGGAAGACCUCCGAGUCUUCCUCUGGUUCCUCCAUCCUCCCUACUCGAGGCCAUGGCCCCUCUGGCUGGCCCACUAGGGACUCAUACUGACCAUAGAGAGGCUGUGAAUGGAUUCCAUAGGCGACCAGGAAAGAUGGUGUUGUUUGAGCAUGACCAGCUUAGCGGCCAGGCUUAUGAAGUCUUCAGAGACAUGGUGGAUGCCACCCAGCUCCAACUGUCUCCCAGAAUUUUUGUGAAGGUGGUGAGAGGAUGCUGGGUGCUUUAUGAGAGGCCUGGGUUCGAGGGGCGUUCCAUUGCCCUAGAGGAGGGGCCUAUUGAGCUGACCAAUGUCUGGGCAGAUGCAGGGCCACCAGGUUCACACCCCCAUGUCGACAUACCAAUGGUCAUCGGCUCCAUCCGACUGGCUGUAUGGGACUACAGCGUUCCCCAUAUUGACUUGUUCACUGAGCCAGAGGGCCACGGCAGGCUAGCACCGUACCAUGACGACACAGUAGAGAUCAGCUCCUUCGGUAUCCCACAGAACACAGCUUCCAUCAAAGUCAACUCUGGAGUGUGGUUGGUGUUCAGUGACCCAGGGUUCCAGGGCCUCCUGGCGGUGUUGGAGAAAGGGGAGUACCCCUGUCCCGAGGCCUGGGGGUUCAACACACCCUUCAUCGGAUCCCUCAGACCCCUCAAAAUGGGUGCCUUCAAGGUGGAGAAUCCUAAUGAAGUCAAGGCUGUGCUGUAUGAGCGGCCUGGCUUUGAGGGAUCCUGUCUGGAGAUCGAUGGGGACGUGUUCUGUUUUGGAGAUGAAGAGACAUCAAACCUGGAGUCAAACAGACUGAAGUCAGUGGGCUCUGUGAAGAUCCUCAGAGGACUCUGGGUGGGGUAUGACCAACUAGGGUUUGAGGGUCACCAGUAUGUCCUGGAGGAAGGAGAGUACCUGGACUGGAGGGACUGGGGAGGAAUGACGGAUCAGCUGCUGUCUAUACGACCUGUACUGACUGAUUUCAUGUCACCACACCUCAAGAUGUUCAGUGAGAGAGACUUUGGCGAGCUGGGCGCCAACAUCGACAUCUUAGAGCCUAUCAUCAAUAUAGAGGACACCGGCUAUGGGCUGAAAACGCAGUCUGUCGACGUUAUGGGCGGAGUAUGGGUGGCAUUUGAGGAGGCAGGGUUCUCUGGAAAGGCGUAUGUGUUGGAGAAAGGCCUCUACGGAAGCCCAGAGGACUGGGGGGCCCUCAGCUCCAAGAUCACAUCCGUCAUGCCCAUCAUUCUGGAUAAUCUGGGAAAUUCCUCCAAGUUCAAGAUGCAGUUGUUCUCGGAGCCGGGGUUCCAGGGUUCUGUCCACAUUGUGGAGGACAGUGUUUCUUCCCUGCCACACAGCUUUUCCCUGGGUUCCUGCAAGGUGCUGGCUGGCAGCUGGCUGGCGUUUGAGGGCCAGGGCUUCACUGAGAGGAUGUAUGUGUUAGAGGAGGGGGACUACCCUGAUCUGAGGGCCAUGGGGUGUGUGGAGCCCAACUCCUCUGUCCUGUCCCUGCAGACUAUUGGCUUUGAGUUCUCGCUGCCCUCUGUCACCCUGUUUGAGAGGUCAGGUCUGCGGGGAAAGAGGGUGGUUCUGACCGACAGCUCGGUUAACCUGCAGCUUGCCGGAGGCUGCAGCCUGGUCCAGUCUGUCCUGGUGGAGGGAGGCAUGUGGGUGCUGUAUGAGGGGAUCAACUACCGCGGAGCUCAGAUUCUGCUGAAGCCCGGCGAGGUGCUCGAUUGGCGAACAUUCAGUAACUGGCAGCGWAUCGGAUCCCUGCGCCCACUGAUCCAGCGACAGGUGCACUUCCGGUUGAGGAGCCAGGAGGGCCUUCUAAUGUCUGUCACUGGGGAGAUGGAUGACAUCAAGCUGAUGCGUAUCCAGGCAACGGAGGAGAUGGGCGGAGUCGAACAGAUCUGGUUCUAUCGGGACGGACAUCUCCACUGCAAGGUGCAGGAGGAUUGCUGUGUGGCUCCGUGCAGCGUGGCCAUGACAGGCAGUCGUAUGGGCCUCUCACCUGAGCCUGGCAAACAACCCUCCUGCUGGAGCAUUACGCCUGAUGGCCUCAUCCGCUACACCGCCAGCCCCGACCUGCUCCUGGAGGUCAAAGGUGGUCAACAAUAUGACAGAAACCAGGUGAUUCUCAACGCGUUUGAUCCAAACAAACCCAACCAAAGAUGGACAGUGGAGAUACUCUGAGGUCUUGUUUUGAGAGGGAAGAACUAGGUGUAGUCUCUGAGGUGCAGUAUGAUGAGGGGCCUCAGCGCUCUGUGACGCAGCUGCAGCGUGGGCCCCAUACAAGCCUCAAGGACAAGAUGCCUCAGGAACAGAACAUUUGCUGCUGGAAGAGAAGCUUAUAUACAGUAUAAUCUUUCCUCUGCGAUCAACAUGGAAAAUAUAUCAAAUUUCCUGGAUAAUCUAUAAUAUCGCAUUACUUCUUCACGAACAAACAGGGACAAAACAAUAGUAUUCAUUACUACAUUAUGGGAAAAUGGACUCAGACUAAACUUGAAAUACUUUACCUACCCUUUAAUAUCUGAUAAUAUACGAGUUUGACAUUGUUGAUGAAUAUGUAUUUUUUUGACAUCUUAUUCCCUUCUGCCAUUGAUGUCCUUAUGUAAAUAAAUAUAAUAUGUGAUGUGAUUA